GAAGCAAAUCAGUGGGUGAGCCAAGUGACGCAUGAAAAGAUCACCUCAGUUAUCGAAGCGAGCGAGAUUUCGUCGAACACAAAAUUGAUGUUGCUCAAUGCUGUGUAUUUCAAAGGUGCAUGGAAGGAAAAAUUCGACAAAGAAUGGACUGAACCCAAUCAUGAAAAAUUCCAGAUUCCAAUGAUGGCAACGUUUGGCUAUUUUCCGAUUUUCGAGGAUAAUGAGGUGCAAGUGCUGGCGAUGCCAUAUGAAGGCGAUAAAAAUAUGAAUAUGUACAUCUUUUUGCCCCGAAACCGAUUCGGUCUAGAGGAUUUUGAACGCAGUCUUAACGGUUCAAAGAUGAUGCACUAUUUUCAAAAUUGCAAAGCAUCAAAGGAAUCUUACGUAAGCCAUUGA